AAAUUUAUAACACUUGACAAUAGAGUAUUUCCUUUCCGUGAAACUUUGGCAGAUGGGAAAAAGUAAUUCUUGGACGUAGUUGACGGUGCUCGGACUGAUUCAAACACAGUAGCAACAGUUCGUCGCAAGAUAAUGUCACACCAAACGGGAAUAAAGGCAAACGAUGCAUUGAAGAAAUUAUUUGCGAAAUGUCGUGAUGGGAAAAUACGAGUGCUAAAAAUUUCAAUAGAAAAUGAGGAACUGACUCCAGCAUCUUCUUCCAAGCCAAUAAACAAGUGGCAAGAUGAUUAUGAUAAAAUGAUCAAGCCGUUAAUUGUGGAGAAUCAACCGGCCUAUAUCCUCUACAGAUUGGACACAAAGUCACCAGAUUCCGGCUAUGAUUGGUUAUUCAUAUCCUGGUCGCCCGAUACAGCACCUGUAAGGCAAAAAAUGCUUUAUGCUUCCACAAAGGCUACAUUAAAACAAGAAUUUGGAACUGCUUCAAUAAAAGAGGAAUUGCAUGGUACUGUGCCGGAGGACAUCACACUAGAGGGUUAUCACAAGCAUAAGAAAAACGAUGUGGCACCUGUACCAUUGACAACAGCGGAGGAAGAAUUGGCUGAGCUCAAGAAGACUACUGCAACUACGGACUACAGUGUGGAGACAAGACAUCAAACACUAAGCGGUGUGGCGUUUCCGGUCACGGAUGAAGCCAAGCAGGCCAUCACAGAACUGGGUAAAGGGGUUCAUGAAUAUGUUCAAUUGAAAAUUGAAUUAGAGGAAGAGAAGAUACAUUUAGUAACUGCUUGUGAUAUUUCAUUGGAUAAAUUACCCACUAAAGUCCCAUCUGAUGCUGCUAGAUACCAUCUUUAUAACUUCAAACAUACUCAUGAAGGAGAUUAUACAGAAAGCAUAGUUUUCAUAUAUAGCAUGCCAGGAUAUAGAUGCAGUAUUAAGGAAAGAAUGUUAUAUUCCUCAUGCAAAGCGCCUCUACUUGAUCUUAUCCAAUCUCUAGGAGUAACCAUAGUAAAAAAGAUAGACUAGAUGGAAAGAAAGAGAGAGAGAGAGAGAGAGGGAGACGGAGAGAAAGAGCUAAAGCCAUUCACCUAACUUCUCCAGAUAUUUUCAAUAUGAUGAUACUGUAGACAAGUGAUAUAUAUGCAAACACCACAUUAACGUGGAUAUAUUUUUUUCGCACAUUAUUAUUUCAGCUACAAGAUAGUGAUAACGCUAGUUAUACUUUACAUAUAAAAUUUUAUAUAAUGUUCUAUACUAUUGUAAAAAUGCAACAAAAUAUUAGAUUCUACAAGUAUGUGUGCGAUGUAAGACUGAUCUUGGCGAGUCCUAUCGGCUGUUAAUACAUGUUAAAGAUUAUAUUUGCAUUUAUACAAAACCAUUUUACAAAUCUGAUGUGAUAUUUUUUUAUUGAAUUUUCAAUUCUAUACUUGAAUAUAUUGGAAUUUUUAUUCAAUCUAUUUGUUUAAAAUGCAAGCAUCCUGUCCAAGCUAUUUUUCAAACAUUCAAAUACAUGCACAUAACAGCAGACAGGACUGAAAUUUGAUAGCCAAGAACAAAAUAUACGAGAGUCAUUCUAUUUUUUGUGAUCUGUAUUUUUUUAACACUUGUAGCUUUUAUAAAAGUUUUAGUCGAAAAUAUGAAGAAAUGAUUCAUAUAAACAGCACUACUUGUGCUAUGGAAAUUUGUGAGCCAGAUAUUUCUCGUAAUUCUUUCUUCCAGAGUUAAUCCUUCUAUGGUCUAAUAUUUCUGUAAGAUUUAUAGAAAGUUAAUGCCUUUAAUUAUCACACUCGUUGCUUCUUAUGUAACUUAUUGUAUUUACGUAUGUAGAGAUACGUAAUACACAAUUCGUUCAAAAUCGGGAGAAGAAGAGGAACUAUCUGGCUUAUAUUUUCAUAAAUAUGAUAAAAUUAAUUUUUGUAUUACGCUCGAAACUGAUUAUGCAGAUUCUAUUUUAAAAAAACUCAUGACGCACAGUGUUGCCUAGUAUACUUAAGUGUCAUACCAGGCCUAUUCUGUAACUCCUUAGUUUUAUCUUGACUUUGGAGUUUCCCGUUAUUGUUAUAAACUCAUUAAAAUCAAGAAAAUUGUAUAUAUCUUGCCAAUAUUAAAUAUACUGGAAAUAAUAAAGCAUCAUGCAAUUUAAACU